AUGGUGGAGAACAAGCAACCAGUGGGCCUGCUCUUCGAUAUCGGGGGAGUCUGUGUUGUAUCCCCCUUCCAAGCAAUUUUAGAUUACGAGAUUGCCCAAAACAUCCCCCCAGGAUGGGUGAACUUCAGCAUUUCCAGAACAUCGCCUCACGGCAGCUGGCAUAAGCUAGAGCGCGGCGAGAUAAAAAUGGACGCCAAUUUCUUCGCAAAUUUCAACAAGGACCUACGAAGGCCAGACCUCUGGGAGCAUUUUAACGCCAGAUUACGACAGAACAAAGCACACAGUACUGCUGCUACGCUUCCGCCAAUACCUGAAGUAGAUGCGGAGUGGCUUUUCUGGGAGAUGAUGCGGAUAUCCCGCACGCCGGAUCCGUAUAUGUUUCCGACGCUGAAGAAGUUACGGGAGUCGGGGAAGUUCGUUGUUGGGGCUUUGUCGAAUACGGUCAUAUAUCCUGAAGGGCACUCGUAUAAUGAGGAUGCAAUUGGGCUCAAGUCGCAGUUCGAUUUCUUCAUCUCGUCGGCGCAUACGGGGCUCAGAAAGCCGGAUCCAAAAAUCUACGAGGCAGCGUUGAGGGAGAUGGAUGCGUUAGCAAAGAAGAAGGGAAUGGGGGGCGCUGGUGCUUCGGAUGUUGUCUUUUUCGAUGACAUUGGCGAGAAUCUGAAGGCUGCUAAGAAGGCUGGGAUGCAGACUGUUAAAGUCACGCUUGGGAAGACACAGGAUGCAGUUGGGGAGUUGGAAAAGAUUACUGGGCUUAAAUUGCUGGAGGCUCAAGGGGAGACUGGCAGGUCGAGGUCGAGGUUGAGGAUAUUGCGCUGUGGAUUGAGCCGCCACUCGAAGACAGCGACGAAGAGGAAGAGGAAGAACAAUGAACGCGAUGCCUUCCACAAGACCGUCAAGAACAGCGCGUACUUCAGCCGCUACCAGACCAAGUACCGCCGUCGCCGUGAGGGUAAGACCGACUACUACGCCCGUAAGCGCCUCAUCACCCAGGCCAAGAACAAGUACAACUCGCCCAAGUACCGUCUGGUUGUCCGCUUCACCAACCGCGACAUCAUCACUCAGAUCAUCCACUCUGAGAUCUCGGGUGACAAGGUCUUCGCCUCCGCUUACUCUCACGAGCUCAAGCGCUAUGGUAUCAAGCAGGGUCUGACCAACUGGGCUGCCGCCUACGCUACUGGUCUCCUCCUUGCCCGCCGUACCCUCAAGAAGCUUGGUCUUGACGAGCAGUUCGCUGGUGUUGAGGAGGCUGACGGUGAGUACCAGCUCACCGAGGCCAUCGAGACCGACGAGGGCACCCGCCGCCCCUUCAAGGCCUUCCUUGACGUUGGUCUUGUCCGCACCUCCACCGGUGCCCGUGUCUUCGGUGCUAUGAAGGGUGCCUCCGACGGUGGUAUCUUCGUUCCCCACUCCGAGAACCGCUUCCCCGGUUUCGACAUUGAGUCUGAGGAGCUUGACGCCGAGACCCUCCGCAGCUACAUCCUCGGUGGCCACGUCGCUGAGUACAUGGAGACCCUCGCCGAUGAUGAUGAGGAGCGCUACCGCUCUCAGUUCAUCAAGUACAUCGACGAGGAAGUCGAUGCUGGUGACCUUGAGGACACCUACCUCGAGGCCCACAAGGCCAUCCGUGAGGACCCCUUCAAGGCCGACGAGGAGGCCGGCCCCAAGAAGACCAAGGAGGAGUGGAAGGCCGAGAGCAAGAAGUACCGCACUACCAAGCUUCCCUACGAGGAGAAGAAGGCUCGUGUUGAGGCCAAGAUCCGUGAGCUUGCUGCUUAA